UCCCCUCCCGUCCCCACCUGGUCUCACCUGGUCUCACCUGGCCCCGAUGGCUCCGCCCGGGCCCCGCCGGCCCCCGGUGCUGCUGCUGCUGCUGCUGGGCACCGCCGGGCUCUGCGCCCGCCCCGCUUCCGGUUCCGCCUCCGAUUCCGCUUCCGGUUCCGAUUCCACUUCCGGUUCCGCUUCCGGUUCCGGCUCGCUGGCGCCGCUGACGGCCGGGGUGGAUCCCUGCAAGGAUCCGCUGGGGCUGCUCAGCCCCCAGCUGGGGUCGGGAUCCUCCUCGGGAUCGCGAGCGGGAUCCUCCCAGUGCCAGGGGGGCAGACCGGGAUCCGCCGGAUCGGGAUCCGCCUCGGGAUCCUCCGGAAGCUCGGGAUCCUACGGGGGAAGCUCGGGAUCCUACGGAUCGGGAAGUUCGGGAUCCUACGGAUUGGGAUCCUCCGGGAAUUCGGGAUCCUACGGAUCGGGAUCCGGCCGACCGGGAUCUGGAUCCGGAUCAGGAAGACCCGGAUCUGGAUCUGGAAAACCCGGCUCUGGAUCAGGCAGGCCCGGAUCCCAAGGGGGAGGCGGAUCUGGCUCCUACGGGGGAUCCUCGGGAUCCUACGGGGGUGACGUGGGAUCCUACGGAGGGUCCGGAUCCUACGGGGGAUCCUCGGGAUCCUACGGGGGAUCCUCGGGAUCCCAGGGCAGGCCGGGAUCUUACGGGGGAUUGGGAUCCUACGGGGGAUCCUCGGGAUCUUACGGGGGCAGACCAGGAUCCUAUGGGGGCAGGCCGGGAUCUCAGGGCAGACCGGGAUCUUAUGGGGGAUCCUCGGGAUCCUACGGGGGAUCGGGAUCUCAGGGCAGACCGGGAUCUUAUGGGGGAUCCUCGGGAUCCCAAGGCAGGCCGGGAUCUUACGGGGGUGGUCCGGGAUCCUACGGGGGAUCGGGAUCCUAUGGGGGAUCCUCGGGAUCCUACGGGGGAUCCUCGGGAUCCCAGGGCAGGCCGGGAUCUUACGGGGGUGGUCCGGGAUCCUACGGGGGAUCGGGAUCCUAUGGGGGAUCCUCGGGAUCCUAUGGGGGAUCCUCGGGAUCCCAAGGCAGGCCAGGAUCUUACGGGGGUGGUCCGGGAUCCUACGGGGGAUCGGGAUCCUAUGGAGGGUCUGGAUCCUAUGGGGGUGGAUCGGGAUCUCAGGGCAGACCGGGAUCCUAUGGUGGCAAGCUGGGAUCCUACGGGGGAUCGGGAUCCUAUGGGGGUGGAUCGGGAUCUUACGGGGGAUCCGCGGGAUCCCAGGGCAGGCCGGGAUCCUACGGGGGAUCGGGAUCUCAGGGCAGACCGGGAUCCUACGGGGGUGGUCCGGGAUCCUACGGGGGAUUGGGAUCCUACGGGGGAUCCUCGGGAUCCUACGGGGGAUCGGGAUCUCAGGGCAGACCAGGAUCCUACGGGGGUGGUCCAGGAUCCUAUGGGGGAUUGGGAUCUUAUGGGGGAUCAGGAUCCUAUGGGGGUGGAUCAGGAUCCUAUGGGGGAUCCUCGGGAUCCUACGGGGGAUCGGGAUCCCAGGGCAGACCGGGAUCUUAUGGGGGUGGUCCAGGAUCCUACGGGGGAUUGGGAUCUUAUGGGGGAUCCUCGGGAUCCUACGGGGGAUCAGGAUCCCAGGGUAGACCGGGAUCCUAUGGGGGCGGUCCAGGAUCCUACGGGGGAUUGGGAUCUUAUGGGGGAUCCUCGGGAUCCUACGGGGGAUCAGGAUCCCAGGGCAGACCGGGAUCCUCUGGGGGUGGUCCGGGAUCCUACGGGGGAUUGGGAUCCUAUGGGGGAUCCUCGGGAUCUUAUGGGGGAUCCUCGGGAUCCUACGGAGGGGAUUCGGGCUCCUUCGGGGGCGGCCCGGGAUCCUUCGGGGGAUCCGCGGGAUCCCGUCAGCGCCCCGGCUACAAGAACCCCGGGAUCCCCUUCGUGCCGGGGCUGCGGCACCCCGCCCGCCUCGGGGGGCGCUUCCCCAUCCGCCGGGGGCCGGGAUCCGGCCAGGGAUCCACUCAGGGGUACGGCCAGGGGUACGGCCAGGGAUCCACUCAGGGGUACGGCCAGGGAUCCGGUCAGGGAUCCGGUCAGGGAUCCAGUCAAGGAUAUGGUCAGGGAUAUGGUCAGGGAUCUGGUCGGGGAUCCAGUCAGGGGUACGGCCAGGGGUACGGCCAGGGAUCCAGUCAGGGAUCCAGUCAAGGAUAUGGUCAGGGGUAUGGCCAGGGAUCCAGUAAGGGAUCCAGUCAAGGAUAUGGUCAGGGGUAUGGCCAGGGAUCCAGUCAGGGAUCCAGUCAAGGAUAUGGUCAGGGGUAUGGCCAGGGAUCCAGUCAGGGAUCCAGUCAAGGAUAUGGUCAGGGGUAUGGUCAGGGAUCUGGUCGGGGAUCCAGUCAAGGAUAUGGUCAGGGGUACGGCCAGGGAUCCAGUCAGGGAUCCAGUCAAGGGUACAGUCAGGGAUCCAGUCAGGGGUACGGCCAGGGAUAUGGCCAGGGAUCCAGUCAGGGAUCCAGUCAAGGAUAUGGUCAGGGGUACGGCCAGGGAUCCAGUCAGGGAUCCAGUCAAGGGUACAGUCAGGGAUCCAGUCAGGGGUACGGCCAGGGAUAUGGCCAGGGAUCUGGUCAGGGGUAUGGUCAAGGGUACAGACAGGGAUCCAGUCAGGGAUCCAGUCAGGGAUCCAGUCAGGGGUACGGUCAAGGGUACGGCCAGGGAUCCGGUCAGGGAUCCAGUCAGGGGUACGGUCAGGGAUCCAGACAGGGAUCCGCCCUGGAAUCUGCCCAGGGAUCUGGCCAGGGCCAGGGAUCCGCUCAGGGGUCUGCCCUGGGAUCCGCUCAGGGAUCCAGCUCCGGGGGCGGGGAUGGGUGCGGAGGGUGCCGGAAAUAGGGGAGGGGUCCCGGUGGAUCCCCCAAGAUCCCGGAGGGUCCCAAAGGAUCCCGGAAGGUCUCAAAGGAUUCCGAAGGAUCCGCUCAGGGAUCCAGCUCCGGGGGCGGGGAUGGGUGCGGGGGGGGCCGGGAAGGGGGGAGGGGUCCCGGUGGAUCCCCCAAGAUCCCAAAGGAUCCCAAAUAAAGUCUUGGAUCCGG